AUGUCGGACUCUGAAGACCUGCAGGACGUGCCGCUGCCGGCCCUCUUCCAGCGGGGCCGGGCCCUGCUGAAGCAGCUUGAGGGGCUGCCCGCCUCGGAUGCGGGCACGCAGCAGCUGGUGCAGCGGGGCGGCGCGGUCUGGCGGCAGGCGGCCGCCGCCGCCGAUGCCCUGGCCCUCUUCUCUUCCAAUGAGGAGCUGGAGGACCUGGCCACAGCCGACAUCAAGUACCUGCUCAUCCCCUUCUAUGCGGCAGAGGCGCUGACCCACACGCACGCAGCCGACCCCCGCGCUCGCAUCGCCGCGCUGACCAGCGCCGCCGAGCAGUACAGGGCGUUCCUGCACCGCUGCCGUCAGUACGGCCUGCUCAGCCCGCCGGCCACAGCGAUGGCAGAUGCGGCGCUGCAGCAGGGCGAUGGGGGCGGCGACCACGGCAGCAAGCAGCAGGGGCGCACGCUGGAUGCCGCCACCCUGCGCCAGAACAAGAUUGAAAAGUUCAAGAGGGAGAAAUACGUCAAGGGCCGGCUGGCGGAGCUGGAGCAGCGGCAGCGGCAGCAGGCGGGGGCAGGAGAGGGGGAGCAUGCGGGGGGGCAGCGGGGCGGGGAUGCCGAGGAGGCGGAUCGGGAGCUGUGGAUGCUGCAGGCCGACCUGGCAGCACUGCAGGCUGCUGAGCGCAUGGGCACACUGCAGCAGGAGGUGCAGAUACUGGCGCACGCGGCCGCCAUGCCCGAGCAGCAGCGGCAGCGGGAGCGGGAGCAGCGGCAGCAGGCGGGGCCGCCGCCGGACCUGCUGCGCCAGCUGCACGCGGCGGCCGGCGGCCUGGCCGGCGCUGGCGCGCGGCGUGAGCAGCUGGCUGCAGGGGUGUUCCGGCCUGGGCAUGUGCAGCCCACGAUGAGCGUGGAGCAGUUUGGGGAGCUGGAGAUGGUGGAGCAGCAGCGGCGGGAGGCGGCGGCCAAGGAGCGGCACGAGCGGCAGCAGGCGGCGCGGCGGGCGGAGGACGUUGAGGAGGAGCAGGUGCAGCAGCAGCGGGCAUGGGAUGAUUUCAAAGAUGACAAUCCGCGCGGCUGGGGCAACUCCAAGCUGCGCCCCUGCAGCUAG